AUGUCUUCCCAAGUCUCGUCACAUAAAUCAACCGGCGGCGGCACAGCUGCUCCCCAAGGUUUUCAAGUGGAUCAGCGAAUGGGAUUCCUGCCACCACAAAUGCCACUAUCAAGGCUCCCUAUUGCAUGGGAAGCAUGGGAGGCGACAUUGGAUGCCGCAACUUCGCAACGUUUCAAGGCAGCUGAGCAACUUGUAGCGUUGGAUAGCCCACAGAAGCUCGUCGAGGAAGAGAAAGCUUUAGCGUGGAGGAAGUUGGUCGACAAGAUGCCACUAUUAUCGAUCGAUAACAUCAAAGGAUGCGAAAGAGGGCUCAGAAGAGCACAUCUUAUUCUUACCUUUAUGGUUCAAUUUUACGCACAUACUACUCCUCCAACGGAGUCCAUUACUAUUCCUCGUUCACUUACUGUGCCUCUGCUUGGUGUCUCAUGCGAGCUGAACCAUGCGCCUUUCGUUACUUAUUCCGAUCAUAAUCUUCAUAAUUGGUCUCUCAAGGACCCUCACGGUCAAGACACUAUCCCAAUGCGUGAUAAUAUUCAGUCCCAGCUCACAUUAACGGGAACUCCUGACGAAGCCGGAAUGUAUCUUGUCGGUCUACGCAUGGAACUCAAAGGCGCUGAAGCCCUUGAGUUACUGGGACUAUCCGCCCAUGAGAUCGAAGCUGGCAAUAAUAUCGAAGUUGGUCGUAUCACAACGUAUCUCACGCAAACAACUAAAGUCAUUGAAGAACUGAAAGGUAUCUUGAUGACUACCAAGGAGCUGGUUAGACCUGACAUAUUCUUCAACGACAUUCGACCAUGGCUUGUUGGGGCCGAUGCCGACAAGUGGAAUCGGAAGUGGGUUUGGGAGGGUGAAGAUGAGGUUGAAGACUCGGAACAGAUGCUCACAAAGGUUAGCAGUCCGACUGCUGGUCAAAGCCCCCUGAUUCCUACUCUGGAUGCGUAUCUUGGCAUAGAGGAAGACGACAGCAAAAGAUCGUUCCUGGAUCGUGUGCGAGUUUAUAUGGAUCAUCAACACGAAGAAUACCUCCAGAGCCUUCGAUUGAGAAAGAAAAUCAUUAGAUCGUUCGUUCAAGUCAUAGCAGAGGAGCGGGGGACCAAUGCGCCAGUUGUGGUUGCAUACAACGCUACAGUCCAGGCCAUGAAGAGUCUUAGAGACGCACAUCUGGUUAUUGUGACGUUGUACAUCAUAAUACCUUCAAGAAAGAUGGCUAAAGCCUCCGAGAUGGGCGCCAAAUUAUCCAGUUUAUUGGAUGGACUAUAUUCUGAGACUUCGAUGCCUGAGGUCUAG